GUAGGUAACAGGACUCCAUCUAUGCGAUCGAUUAUAUUUCAUUCGAAUUAGUAAGAACGCGGCAUAGCAAACGUUACUUUUCAACAUGGCUUCAUACGUGCGUUCUUUAUAUUAUAGGGUGGCAUUACUAUUAGUAUUGGUCUGUUCUUCCUUUCUUGUUGACGCAGUCAAUAGGGAUACGUUUAAAACAUGCGACCAAAGCAGUUUUUGCAGACGCUGCAGAAAAGUUGAACCUGGAAAAACGCCGUAUCAACUGCGGUUAGACACGUUGGUUAAUAAUCGAUCCAGUAUAAGCAUAGAUUUAUUUAAUAAGGAUACGUGGAUUCUCUAUACGUUGCAAUUGACGGCGUUGAAAAAUAAUACAUUCAGACUCCGUAUCAACGAAAAGAAUCCUUUACGUCCCAGAUAUGAACCUGAACAUGCUCUUCAAGACCAACCUCAAACAUCCGAGUUGACACUGGUCGAAAAAACUGUAGAUCAAGUAACUGUAACAAAUGGAGAUAACAAAGUUAUAUUAUAUGCUAAUCCAUUUAGAAUGGACUUGUAUUCUCAAGAUACGUUAGUUGUGUCCGCCAAUGCGAGAGGACUCAUGAGAUACGAGCAUCAUCGUGCAAAGCCUAAGAAACCCGAAGAAGAAGAAACUGCAGAAAAUAUCGAUGUAGCGAAUAAUGAGCAACCUCCGGGCGACGGAGCAGAAAGUGAUCCAGGUGCAUGGGAAGAAAAUUUCAAAACUCAUCAUGACUCGAAACCGUUUGGUCCAGAGGCUGUUGCUUUAGAUUUUAGCUUCCCAGGAGCGGAAUACGCGUACGGUGUACCAGAACAUGCCGAUUCUUUUGCAUUAAAAUCAACUAAACAAGCUCAUCCGUACAGACUGUAUAAUUUAGACGUAUUCGAAUACGAGGUCAACGAAAGAAUGUCACUUUACGGUGCAAUACCUGUUCUUUAUGCUCACGGUAAAGAGAGAACGACCGGUAUUUUUUGGCACAAUGUUGCCGAAACAUGGAUCGAUAUUUUAUCAAGUGCAGACAAUAACGUCGUAGAAAGUAUCGUAAAUUUGGUAUCUGGUUCUAGCAAAAAGUCACAAGUGGAUGCCCACUUCAUGUCAGAAUCCGGCGUAAUCGAUGUAUUCUUCAUGUUAGGCCCUAAGCCUUUAGACGUAUUUAAACAGUACACUGGCUUAACGGGCACAGCACCUUUGCCGCAAAUGUUCACUUUAGGAUAUCACCAGUCUCGUUGGAAUUACAACGAUCAGGAUGACGUGAUACAAAUAGCAGAGAACUUUGACGUGCAUGAUCUACCUCUAGAUGUUAUGUGGCUAGAUAUCGAAUACACCGAUAGUAAAAAAUACUUCACUUGGGACGAACGUAAAUUCCCAAAUCCUCUCGAAAUGAUACACAACUUGACCGCAAAGGGUAGAAAAUUGGUUGUUAUCAUCGACCCGCAUAUUAAACGCGAUAACAGUUAUUUCCUUCAUAAUGAUGCAACGAAACUCGGUUAUUACGUUAAAACGAGAGAUGGAAAGGAUUACGAAGGAUGGUGUUGGCCGGGAGCGGCAUCAUAUUUAGACUUCUUUGAUCCACUAGUACAAGAAUAUUAUAUCAAUCAAUAUAGCUUGGAUAAAUUCCAUGGUACUACUAAUGAUGUGUACAUUUGGAACGAUAUGAACGAACCAAGCGUAUUUAACGGUCCCGAAGUAACUAUGCCUAAAGAUGUAAUCCAUCACGGUGGCUGGGAACACAGAAGCGUUCACAAUAUCAAUGGAUUUCUCAUGGGCAUGUUAACGUACGAAGCUUUAUUCAGAAGAUCAGGAGGCACUCUACGACCGUUUAUUCUAACAAGAUCAUUCUUUGCCGGAUCACAACGUUAUGUGGCUAUGUGGACCGGAGACAAUACAGCUGAGUGGGAGCAUCUUCGUAUCAGUUAUCCAAUGUGUCUUAGCAUGGCUGUUUCUGGAAUGUCGUUCUGUGGUGCGGACGUUGGAGGUUUCUUCAAAAAUCCGGAUUCUGAACUGUUUAUAAGGUGGAAUCAAGCUGGUGCCUGGCUUCCUUUCUAUCGUCAGCAUUCCCACAUCGAAACCAAACGACGCGAACCUUGGACAUAUAACGAUGAAACUACUCAACUGGUCAGGGAAGCCUUCAGAAUGAGAUAUUCCUAUUUGCCAUUAUGGUAUACGCUUUUCCGGGAGCAUGAAACAACUGGUGUCCCUGUGAUACGACCCCUAUGGGCUCAUUAUCCGAGCGAAACAGAAACUUACGCCAUCGACGAUGAAAUAUUAGUCGGUGAUUCUAUACUCGUACGUCCAGUCUUUCAGCCAUCCGUUACGGAUGUUAACGUAUACUUCCCUGGAGAAGGCAAAAUAACCUGGUACGAUGUUGAUACCAUGCAACCGUAUCGUCAGCCAGGCUUGGUCAGUGUUCCUGUAACUCUUCACAAAAUUCCGGUAUUCCAAAGAGGCGGUUCCAUCGUUCCGCGUAAAAUGAGAAUACGCCGUAGCACGGUCGCGAUGAAAAACGAUCCAUACACUUUGGUAGUGAUAACGGAUUCUUCUGGUAAAGCAAACGGCACCUUGUACAUCGAUGACGAGACCAGUUUCGAAUAUCGCCAUGGAAAAUAUCUAUAUUUGAAACUUAAUUUUGAAGGGAAUAAAUUAACUUCCACGUUCAUAGACAAAUUAGCUUCGUAUCAAACGGAGAGCUGGUUAGAAAGGGUAGACAUCGCAAAUCCACCUAAAGGAGUUAAAUCGGCUGUAUUAACUUCGCGCAAUUUGGGAAAAGUUACCUUGGAAACUAAAUACAAUCCAAAUAAUAAUGUAUUAACUGUGCGUAAACCGGGUGUAAAUAUGGGAGAAGAAUGGACUAUCGAACUAAUCCAUUAAAAUUGCAUUUUUAUUCAUCGUACAUUCAGUAAUCAUACAGUAAUGCCAAUUUUCUAUUCACGUAAUUUUGUCAGCUAUCUGUGAUCAAAAUAUCAUUGUAUACCGCAAAAGAACAAAUACAACGUAGAGUUAAUGUAAA